AUGCCGUCGCUUGCUGGCGUCCCUGCGAAAGCUGAUACAACGGCUGCGGUCAUGGACGCGCUAUUGCUCAAGUACCUGCAGACAAGAGGGUACCACGUCCAGAAAGGGGACGAUACGCGUCCUCCGUGUGGUGCGGCAUCGAGUGUACCCAUUGAAGACGUGAGCAUUGACCACUACGCCCGACAGUUAGGCUUAACAACCGAAGCCUGUGCGGCCAACCACGUGCUGUUCUAUGGACUCACCGGCGGCGAUCCUGCAACGUAUGACGAAGCGUACCGGAAACUGAUGGACUGGAUCUGCAACUCGUUGGAUAUGUACCGCAACGAGCUGCACGCCGUGGCGUUUCCAGUGUUUGUCCACUGCUACUUGGAACUGCUGGCAAAAGGUUUCAUGGACGAGGGCCGAGCGUUUUUCCAUCGUCAUGCACGAGAUCAUACGAGACUGCACUUGGAAGAACUUCGGACACUGAGUCUUGUGUUUUCACAGCCGCAAAUGCAAGAAAACGAAUACGUGCGCGAGAUCCUCCACAGCAAGUUCAACGUGGAGAUGAGCCUGCUGUCUUUUGAGCUGCUGAACACGUUCUUGAGCCAAGAACGGCUGUUUGUCUUGCUGUCGAUCGUCAAUGAGCGGGUGAAUCUUGUCGUGACGUCGAAGCAGCCGGGUAUACAGAUACAACAGCUCCAAGAUGCUACGACACCAGACGUGCGAAAUAAUUUGGAGCCAACAAACGAUGCAGCCAGUGGCUUCAAGACACCUGACGAACUCGCGUUGGCUGUUGCUGCAUCGGAUGCACCAAGGGAAAGUGAAGUUGCCAUGCCGUUGACAACUGGUCCCUAUGACGUGGACUAUAUGGUGCGUACGGCUGGCGGGAACGGUGCUGCAGCGAUCGAAAGGAUGGGCUACACGGUGCAAGACCUCAAUGCUAUUCCUAUCAGCUGGGGAGUCUUUCCGGAGCGCAAAGUGCAUGACCCUGUGGCAGACGAAGGAGAGGACAAUGGUGGGAUGGGAAAAGAGUUUGGUGCGAAUGCAAGUGGUGUAGCAGGAAGUAAUGCGGCGGUGAGUGGGUCUAGUGGAAGCCAUGAAGCCGAUGGCGACAAAGCAAACGGCGGUGACAACUCGAAAGAUAAGGGCAAGGUGGUUGGACUGUCCGCAGAUGUGAAUCGCAAGCACAAGCGUGCAAAACUGUCGAGUGGCGGCAUGUCAGGCAUGAAGAAGGAAUUGCUGGAGGAGACUGGUCCGCUUCCAGAUCGAAACAACGCCUAUAACACUGAAGUGCUGGAGAAACUCGUGCUUCGCACUUCGGCUACUAUGAAGGAGCACAUUCUCGAGGACGUCCGGGCCCGUGCACAAGUAAGCCGCAGCGCACUUCCGUCAGCCCUGUGCUUCACUUUGCUGAAUUCGGCGACUCAUAUCAACAACAUAUGCUUCAGCGACGACGUCACAAUGGUGGGUGCUGCAUGCGGCGAUGCCUCGUUUCGAGUUUGGCGCAACGACGAUCAGCCUCUAGGAACCGCUACGGGGUCGGCAUACCAGGGCAAUCGAGGGUCGCAUCACACGGAGACAGAGGAAGAUGAGAAAAUGGCUGUGCUUCGUGGCCACACUGGUGCUGUGUAUGGCGCAAGUUUCUCACCUGACAACCGCUUUGCGCUCACAGCGUCGGCCGACUCCACGGUGCGUUUGUGGAGUAUGGCUGCGAAGAGCAACUUGGUCGUGUAUAGGUCGCAUCACGGAUCACCAGUGUGGGACGUCACCUUUGCGCCGCUCGGGUACUACUUUGCGACCUGUUCGAUGGAUCGGACUGCACGACUAUGGAGUACGGACCACAUGACCCCACUGCGCAUUUUCGCCGGCCAUUUGUCGGAUGUGGACUGUGUGCGUUUCCACCCGAACCACAACUACCUGGCCACAGGCUCGAGCGACAAGACCGUGCGGCUGUGGGACGUGCAGUCUGGUAAAUGCGUCCGGGUGUUUACGGGCCACUUUCGUGGCGUGCAGUGCCUUGCGUUCUCCCGCAACGGUCGGUAUCUUGCAAGUUCAGGCGAAGACCAGUACAUCAACAUUUGGGACCUGCACGCUGGCAAGCGCUUGGAAACCCUGAUGGGCCACAAGGCUAUGGUCACUUCGCUGGAUUUCAGUCAGGAGAGCACGAUUCUAGCAAGUGGUGGCAUGGACUCGACCGUGCGGCUUUGGGAUAUGAAGGCGCUUGCUGAGAAGCCCACGACGUAUUCAGCGCUUUCAGGCGCGAUGAGAAAGUUACACGUGAGUGCAUCUGAUGCAGGCGAGCGGAACGGCAGCACUCGACUACCUGGUCGAAGUCGGUUUGUCAAACCCAUGUCAGUAGUACGGCAAGGUGCAGUGCAGGAAUUGCCCUCGUCGCGUUUCCUGCUCAAAACACUGCGUUCGAAGCAGACGCCCAUGUAUCGUGUCCACUUUACGCCGCGCAACUUGUUGCUGGCUGGCGGUGUGUUCCAGCCCAAGAUGGAGACAUAG